AUGCAGCACGAACCAGUGCUGGAAAGACCCGAUGAAUGCGACUUGGGGACUGACCCAUCAGUCAUGAAAGUGCUUGAGGAAUUGACCAAAAGAAUCGAGUCAGGGGAAAAGAAGAUAACUCGAGGGUUGAUUAGCUCUCGGGCGCACCCCCCGAUUCUGAAGGGUGUAGAUUCAAAGAAGUUUGUGCAAAGACCAUUCCUAUCAAGUGCGGCUCCGAAGCCCAUCCCGAAGAAAUUCAGAAUGCCCGAUAUCCUAAAGUAUAACGGGACCACGGACUCCAAUGAGCACAGUACCUCUUACACUUGUGUUGUAAAAGGGAAUGACUUAAAGGAUGACGAGAUUGAAUCCGUCCUGCUGAAGAAAUUUAGAGAAACACUGUCGAAGGGAGCCAUGAUGUGGUAUCACAACCUACCCCCGAACUUGAUGGAUUCGUUUGCCAUGUUGGCAGAUUCUUUUGUGAAGGUGCAUGUCGGAGCCAUCAAGGUUGCUACAAAGAAGUCCGACAUUUUCAAAGUCAAGCAAAGGGAGAACGAGAUGCUGAGGAAAUUUGCCUUCAUCCAAGGCUUGAACGAGCGAAGCUUGAUAGCUUCGAAGCAGCUAAAGCAGAAUUUGGUUGAGUAUCCCACUGCGACUUGGGCAGAUGCUCUUAACAAGGAAUCAAAGUCUACAGAAAGAGAGUGGAGAUCAGGCAAAGAAAGGUAUCAGCCAAACUUCAAAGACCAAAGAGACAUUUUGUGGCGGAAUAUACCUCGAAACGAUCGAGGAGUAGAUCGAAGACAAAAAUCCAGGGGACUUAUGAGCAAGAUCGGGUUUAACGGACAUUCGAGGUCAGUGGAGGCACCCCGACUGUCAGAAUACAACUUCAACAUCGAUGUCUCAGACAUCGUAUUGGCCAUGGGUAGAUUUAGGGAUACCAGAUGGCCAAAACCCACACAUUCAGAUCCUUCCCGAAGGAACCCCAACCUGAUGUGUGAAUACCAUGGCAUCCGCGGUCAUAGUACCGAUGAUUGUAGACAGCUCCGAGAGGAGGUGGCCCGACUGAUCAACGAAGGGCACCUUCGAGAAUUCCUCAGCAAUCAAGCCAAGAACCACUGUCGAGAAAGAAAUGCGAAGGGAAAAAAUGAACCAGAAGAACCACAACACGUCAUCCAUAUGAUCGUUGGAGGGGCCGACGCCCCACAUGGACCCGUUAUCAAGUAG